AUGGGUCAUCACCACCACUAUGCUUAUACAACCACAACUCCAUAUAUCAUGCCAGGAGUUCCUCCACCAGUUGUCUAUGGUGCUCCUCCACCAAUGAUGGUAGUUCCACCUCCAAUGGGUAUCGUUCAACCACAAGUAUUCGUUCAAGGCAUGGUCCCUCCACCAGUUGUCUAUGGUGCUCCUCCACCAAUGAUGGGAGUUCCACCUCCAAUGGGCCAACCAUUCUAUCCACCAUCCUAUUAUUAG